UCCUAUUAUAUUAACUGAUUUUUUCCCAAUUCGAAAGGAAACCCUCGAGUCGCAGGAAUGAUUACUGAAAGAGGAAAAGGGAGAAAGAUUGUAGCAGAAGCUGUGUUCAUAAGCAAAACAAAUUUCAUCUGAGUGCGUCAAUUUGCUUUGCUCUGUGUUCGUCUGCAUCACCACCUUCUGCUUCUACAUCGCCGGUGUGCUGCGAUUUCCUUUUCUGCGACUUUGAGGGUUCAGCUGUGUUGAAGUUCAAACCCUAGCCUGCGACUCGUGGUUCAAAGGAAUGGCCUCAUACAGGCCCUUCCCUCCGCAAUCGAGUCAAAUUCAAAACCCUAUUCCAAGUGGGAAUCAUCAGUAUACUAAUAAUAAUCAAAAUUGGGGUGCUUACGGAGAUCCCUCUAAUGCUUCAUUUCCCCAAAUCCCUCCAAAUUCCAAUUAUCACCAUCAGCAACAACAACAUCAAAAUCAACAUCAUGCUCCGUAUGCACCUCCGAAUCCCCAUCACCCUCGCUAUCCAUAUCCGCCACCACCUCCACCGCCACCGGAGGCUUCAUACCAGCCUCCGCCGCCGCCACCUCCUCCCGUCUACUAUCCCCCUAAUAGCCAGUAUAGCAACCAGCCACCUCCGCCACCGCCGCCGUCGUCGCCACCCCCCCCACCCCCUCCUGUUUCACCCCCUCCUCCUCCCCCGGCAACUCAGAACAAUGAAGAGCGGCGCUUCAAGGACCCUUCCACGUCCGGCCGCCGCGAAUAUGAUCCUUCCAAUCAUGGCAUUGCUCACAAGCAGCACAAGCACCAGCCUCCCGUGCCAGCAAAAAAGGUGAACGGGCCUCCUGGCAGAACUGAGACGGAGGAAGAAAAGAGGUUGAGGAAGAAGAGGGAGUUUGAGAAGCAGAGGCAGGAGGAGAAGCAUAGGCAGCAGCUAAAGGAGUCCCAGAACACUGUUCUGCAGAAGACUCACCUGUUGUCGUCUGGGAAGGGGCAUGGCAUGAUUGCAGGGUCUCGAUUGGGAGAAAGGAGAUCCACUCCGUUGUUGAGUGCCGAGAGGGUGGAAAAUAGGUUGAAGAAGCCCACAACAUUUUUGUGUAAGCUCAAAUUUCGAAAUGAACUUCCAGAUCCAAGUGCUCAACCCAAGCUUAUGGCUUUCAAGAAAGAUAAAGAUCAAUAUGCAAAAUAUACAAUCACAUCCCUGGAGAAAAUGUACAAACCCAAGCUUUUUGUGGAGCCAGAUCUAGGGAUACCUCUGGACCUGCUUGAUCUCAGUGUUUACAAUCCUCCCAGUGUCAGACAACCUCUUUCUCCAGAAGAUGAAGAAUUGUUGCGGGAUGAUGAAGCUGCUACACCUAUUAAAAAAGAUGGCAUAAAAAGAAAAGAGAGGCCUACUGAUAAAGGUGUAGCGUGGCUUGUCAAAACACAAUAUAUAUCUCCUCUAAGCAUGGAGUCCACAAAACAGUCUUUAACUGAAAAACAAGCUAAGGAGCUGAGAGAGAUGAAGGGAGGCCGUGGCAUUUUGGACAAUCUAAACAGUAGGGAAAGACAAAUUAGGGAAAUUGAAGCAUCGUUUGAAGCAGCUAAGUCUGAUCCUGUUCAUGCAACGAACAAAGAUUUGUAUCCUGUUGAGGUUAUGCCAUUACUACCCGAUUUUGAUAGGUAUGAUGAUCAGUUUGUUGUUGCUGCAUUUGAUAAUGCUCCCACGGUCGAUUCAGAAAUGUAUGCUAAGUUGGACAAAUCUGUUCGUGACGCCUUUGAAUCAAAGGCAGUUAUGAAGAGUUAUGUUGCAACGAGUUCAGAUCCUGCUAAUCCUGAAAAGUUUUUGGCAUAUAUGGCCCCAGCACCAGGAGAGUUGUCAAAGGAUAUAUAUGAUGAAAAUGAAGAUGUCUCGUACUCUUGGAUUCGCGAGUAUCAUUGGGAUGUUCGGGGUGAUGAUGCAGACGAUCCUACAACAUUCUUGGUUGCAUUUGAUGAUUCAGAAGCACGUUACUUGCCUCUUCCGACUAAACUUGUUUUAAGAAAAAAGAGGGCUAAAGAGGGAAGAUCAGGAGAAGAGGUUGAGCAAUGUCCAGUACCUUCAAGAGUGACUGUAAGACGGAGGUCUAGUGUCGCUGCGAUUGAGCUGAAGGAUACUGGGGUUUAUACAAGUUCAAAGGGCAAUUCCUCAAAGAGAGCUCGUCUAGACAUGGACGAUGGUCUAGAACACCAACAUAGAGGUGCUUCACACCAGGACAACUAUCAGUCUAGUGGAGCUGAAGAUUACAUGUCUGAGUGAUUAUUUAAUGCAAAUGCUGCCGCCGGAAAGCAAAUUGGUCCAACGAAAUGGUUGUUGGAUGAGUGGCUGCAGAAUUUUUCGUGGCGCCUUUGUGCUUCAAUGAAGAAUACCAACGACAAAUCUCAUUUUUGUAUGACCAUUUUUAACUUGAUGCACAUACAUUCAGAGUGUAGGCAGCUGUUGAAUUAAUAUAGAUUUUCUUUUCAAUACCA